UUCGUUCCGGCGAGGACCGCGAGGUAGUGCACGGCCAUCCUUCGAUCUUCGUUUCCGUCACUCUCGAUGGCGAACGAAGAAGAAAGUGUUCUCGAGCAGCAGCUCGAGCUUCAACUAGAAGAACAGAAGGAAUCCUUGACGGCUUUAAAGGAAGCCCUAGCUUCUGACCCAGCUAAUGCGGAGCUUCUUGCGGUUCAUGAGGAACUUGUUCUCGCAAUCAGAGAUGCAGAGGAAGGGCUUCUUCACCUCAAACGUUCACGGUUAUUGCGUGAAACUGAUUUACUUAUAUCAGUACAAAAUUGUGAAGCUACUGCUGAGAAUGCUAAGGUGGAGCUAUUUGAUGCAGAAGCCACAGAUGUGAUGGUGGAACCUCUUGGUCCGACACAUGUUGAAGCAGAACCAGUGAAAGAUCAAGGUUUUGCAGUUGGAUCAAAAUGUAGAUUCCGUCACACUGAUGGACGAUGGUAUAAUGGUUGCAUAGUUGCGUUGGAAGGUUCUAGUUCUGCAAGGAUCUCUUUUCUUACACCCACAUCUGAAAACAUGUUGAUGUGCAAGUUCUUUUUACAACAACGAUGUCGAUUUGGUACCAAUUGCCGCUUGUCUCAUGGAAUCAAUGUUCCUAUUUCUUCCCUCAAGAAGUAUAUUCCCACAAGAUGGCAAGAGUCAUUGAUAGGUUCUAGCAUCUGGGCAGUUUCAGAAAGCAAGGCUGGCAUUUGGAGGGAAGCAGAACUUGAGUCAUGGGAUGAUGUGAUUGGAAUGGGUCAAGUUGUCUUUCGAGAUGAUGGAAGUUGUGCAAAUCUUGGGAGUGAGGCACUUUCAUUGUCUGAAUAUGCUGAAAUGAGUGUAGAUGAAGAAGAUGAUGAUGAUGAUUCAAGUUCAGACAAUUCUGAUUCCAGCUGCUAUGAAGAAGAGGACUCUCGAGGUCUUGGAUUUCUGGAAGCAACAACACGACAACGAGGCAUCCAGACUGAAACAACAGUAUUUGCCAAGUGGGAGCAUCACACCCGGGGCAUAGCUUCCAAGAUGAUGGCUAACAUGGGUUACCGAGAAGGGAUGGGCUUGGGUGCAUCGGGACAAGGAAUGGUGCACCCAAUUCCUGUAAAAGUUCUCCCACCAAAGCAAUCACUUGAUCAUGCACUGGAGUCACGUGAAAAUGAGGAAAACAAGGAAAAUCAAGGAAAGAAGCGCACUAGAGGUGGCAAGAGAAAGCGUGAUAAGAAACAUGCAGCUGCUGCACGGGCUGCAAAAGCUGAAGAGGAAUCAAGGCCAAGCGUCUUCAGUUUCAUCAAUAACCAGCUAGCUAUGCAAGGCGAAGCUCAAAAUGGCCUUGCAAAAAAACAACAGGCUAAAGGUGAAAAGGAUGCAAAGAAAGAAGACAGACGGGCCCUGGUAGCUUAUGAUGAUGAGGUGAAGGAGCUAAGGUUCCGGGUUGAGAAGCUAGAAGAAAUGGUGAAUCGGAACAGGAAAGAAAAGGUGGUUUAUGAAGCUGCUUUGAGGAAGCUCAAUGAGGCCCGCAAGGCCUUGGCAGAUGCAGAGGCAGCCCAUGCAUCUGCAUCCAAUGCUGUUGUUAGCAAGGAGAAAGAGAAGAGGUGGCUCAAGUUUUGAAUGCACUUUCUGUUACUGUUGCCUGACAUUUUACAUGUUUGAUAUGAUUAUUAGAUUAUAAUACCAAAUUCUAACCUUCCAAAGUC